AUGACGGUUGUUCCAAGCACGCACCCUGGCAGAAGCGAGUGUUCCCAAUCCGGCGGGUGCUGCCUACCCUGGACACCAGAUCUGGUUAGCGCUGCCCUUUUUUUAUCGGCGACUCGUCGGGCUCCAAAGCUGCCAAUCACGUGGGCGACGACCCCCAUUUUCGAUGCAAGCUUCGGCUUGACUGCGGCAGGCCGCUUUCCAUGGUUCGAUCUUCCACCCGCCGGCGGCUUAGGGUUGACGGCUGAGUACGGCGCUCCGUCGAGACUCCCAACCGUUCUCUCUCUAUCCCAAUGCACUUCAGCCAUGCCGGAGGAUGACGCUGCAGCUAGGUCGCAAGCCCACCAAUCUGUACCCGGCUUUGCCACCCGAUUUCCAUCCGUGCCCGCUCCAAUCAAAUGUGUCUUCGAUAAGUUCCCCUUGAGAACCUAUCCUCCAACGGAACUGCCCCAACGCAUUCCACGUCAAUCAGAUAAGAACUCUCUAUUCGUCUUUACUACAACUAAGGGGGCGCGACCGGGAGCUCCAUCAUUCAACCCGCAGUGUUUAAAGUGGCAGGCGUACCUCAAGUUCGUUGGUAUUCCAUUCGAGACGGUUGCGUCUAAUAACCACGCAUCACCAACUGGUUCUCUUCCAUUCCUUCUCCCAGCGCUGUCUUCCGCUGCCACUUCCGGUGAUCCACCGCUUCCAGUUCCUUCGAACAAGAUCCAAAAGUGGGCUCUUGAACAAACCCAUGUCAAGGAUGACCCGCAGCUAAGUUCGCGAUUUGACGUGUACAUGUCUCUUCUAGACCACAGAGUACGAAAUGCCUGGAUGUACACCUUUUACAUAGACAACCAAAACUUUAAUAACAUCGGGCGAAAACUGUAUAUUGAUCCGUCGACCUCAAACACCAUUGUUCGAGCUAUGUUAGCCCACCAGCUUCAGCAAGCUGCACGAGACGAACUCCUCAAAUCAUCCUCAUUUGUAGACGUGGACGAUCUCGAAGCGGAAGCCAAAAGCGCGUUCCAAGCACUAUCUACUUUAUUAGGAGAAGAUUACCACUUUUUUGGAAAUCUUGAACCCGGACUAUUUGAUGCUAGCGUAUUCGCUUAUACUCAUUUAUUACUAGAUGAGCAACUGGGUUGGAAACAUAAUCCUCUGGGACGAUACCUCAGAAAAUGUCCAAACCUUGUACAACAUCGGCAGCGGUUACUGGAAGCAUACUUUUAA